UGGCGACAGGGAACAUGGCGCGUUCCUAGAAGCCGUUUUCGGCCUCAGUAGGCGGCAGCGUGCGGACUAGCAGCGUGGGGGGCGCGGAAGCAACCAACGCCACUUCGUGUGGACGAGUGGAAAGGGGCGGGCCGGGGUGUUCCGGACCGAGGCACACGCUGGCUGGUGUCUCCCAGACUCUACUCUUCUCCUGUAUCUCUGCUUGGAUUUUCCACCUGGCUCUAUCCAAAACAGCUUUAUUUGUCAACCAAUGAGAGCAACAGCUAUUCACAGCGUCCAGAAAGACCAUCAUCCCAUAGCAGAGGCUUCCAUGGAUCUCAAUAGUGCCAGCUCUGUAGUUCUCCAGGUCUUAACCCAGGCCACCAGUCAGGAUACUGCUGUUUUAAAGCCCGCUGAGGAGCAGCUGAAGCAAUGGGAGACACAGCCAGGUUUCUACUCAGUGUUGCUGAAUAUUUUUACGAACCACACCCUUGAUAUGAAUGUCAGGUGGCUUGCUGUGCUGUAUUUUAAACAUGGAAUUGAUCGUUACUGGAGACGUGUAGCACCUCAUGCUCUUUCAGAAGAGGAGAAGUCAACAUUGCGUGCAGGACUCAUCACCAACUUUAAUGAACCAAUAAAUCAGAUUGCAACUCAGAUUGCAGUACUGAUUGCCAAAGUUGCUCGAUUGGAUUGUCCUAGACAAUGGCCUGAGCUGAUCCCCACUCUGGUAGAGUCUGUGAAGGUCCAGGAUGAUCUUCGACAGCACAGGGCACUACUUACUUUCUACCAUGUUACCAAGACACUGGCGUCAAAACGCCUGGCUGCUGACAGAAAACUGUUUUAUGAUUUAGCUUCUGGAAUUUAUAACUUUGCCUGUUCUCUGUGGAACCAUCAUACAGACACAUUCCUGCAGCAGAUUUCUUCUGGCAGUGAAACUGCAGUUCUGAGUUCACUAGAGCGAACACUACUGUCCUUAAAAGUGCUACGUAAGUUAACUGUGAAUGGAUUUGUGGAACCUCAUAAGAAUUUGGAGGUGAUGGGUUUUUUACAUGGAAUAUUUGAACGUCUCAAACAGUUUCUGGAGUGCAGUAGAAAUAUAGGUACAGAUAAUGUAUGUCGAGAUAGGCUGGAAAAGACCAUCAUUCUUUUCACUAAAGUGCUCUUGGACUUCUUGGAUCAGCACCCCAUUUCAUUUACUCCCCUAAUUCAGAGGUCACUGGAAUUUUCUGUAAGCUAUGUUUUUACUGAAGUUGGUGAAGGUGUAACGUUUGAGCGAUUCAUUGUCCAGUGCAUGAAUCUUAUUAAGAUGAUUGUCAAAAAUUAUGCUUAUAAGCCAUCCAAAAAUUUUGAAGAUAGCAGCCCUGAAACAAUUGAAGCCCAUAAGAUUAAGAUGGCAUUCUUCACAUAUCCCACGUUGACAGAGAUAUGUCGAAGAUUAGUCUCUCAUUAUUUUUUAUUAACUGAAGAAGAACUGACAAUGUGGGAGGAAGAUCCAGAAGGCUUUACAGUGGAAGAAACAGGAGGAGACUCUUGGAAAUACAGUUUGAGGCCUUGCACUGAAGUAUUAUUUAUAGAUAUAUUCCAUGAAUAUAAUCAGACUCUUACUCCAGUACUUCUAGAAAUGAUGCAAACUCUUCAAGGUCCAACCAAUGUAGAAGAUAUGAAUGCACUGUUAAUCAAAGAUGCCGUGUAUAAUGCUGUGGGAUUAGCUGCUUUUGAGCUGUUUGACAGUGUUGAUUUUGAUCAGUGGUUUAAAAACCAACUUCUUCCAGAAUUACAAGUUUCUCAUAAUAGGUAUAAACCAUUGCGACGCAGGGUAAUUUGGCUCAUUGGUCAGUGGAUUUCUGUGAAAUUCAAGUCUGACUUGAGACCCAUGCUGUAUGAAGCAAUCUGUAACUUACUUCAAGAUCAGGAUUUAGUGGUUCGAAUUGAAACAGCAACAACUCUGAAGUUAACUGUUGAUGAUUUUGAAUUUAGAACAGAUCAAUUUUUACCGUAUUUGGAGACCAUGUUCACACUGCUUUUUCAGCUGCUGCAGCAGGUUACUGAGUGUGAUACAAAGAUGCAUGUUUUGCACGUCCUCUCAUGUGUGAUUGAAAGAGUCAAUGUACAGAUACGACCAUAUGUAGGAUGUCUGGUGCAGUAUUUGCCUCUCCUCUGGAAGCAGAGUGAAGAGCACAACAUGUUGCGAUGCGCUAUUCUGACAACGCUUAUCCAUCUCGUUCAGGGAUUAGGAGCAGACAGCAAGAACCUGUACCCUUUCCUGCUCCCAGUUAUCCAGCUGAGUACAGAUGUUUCCCAGCCUCCUCAUGUCUAUCUUCUGGAAGAUGGUCUAGAAUUAUGGUUAGUGACAUUGGAGAACAGCCCGUGUGUUACACAAGAACUGCUUCGCAUUUUUCAGAACAUGUCACCACUUCUUGAGCUUCCAUCCAGCUGCCUUGCGAACGAACUAAGUUCAGAGAAUCUCAGAACCUGCUUUAAGAUCAUCAAUGGCUAUAUCUUUUUAUCAUCAACAGAAUUUUUACAGACGUAUGCAGUAGGUCUGUGCCAAUCCUUUUGUGAGCUGCUGCCAGAGAUCACUACAGAAGGUCAAGUCCAAGUGCUCAAGGUUUUGGAAAAUACCUUUAAAGUGAAUCCAGUAUUAGGCCCACAGAUGUUUCAACCAAUUCUGCCCUAUGUUUUCAGAGGUGUUAUUGAAGGCGAGAGGUAUCCAGUAGUGAUGUCCGUCUAUCUUGCUGUUAUGGGUCGAGUGUUACUACAAAAUGCCAGUUUCUUUUCUUCACUUCUAAAUGAGAUGGGCCGUGAAUUUAAUCAGGAGAUGGACCAGCUUUUAGGAAAUGUGAUUGAAAUGUGGGUUGAUCGAUUGGACAACAUUACGCAGCCUGAAAGGAAGAAGCUUUCAGCCUUGGCUUUGCUCUCGCUUCUGCCUUCUGAUAACAGUGUUAUCCAAGAUAAAUUCUGUGCAAUUAUAAAUAUCUCUGUGGAGGCCCUUCAUGAUGUCAUGACAGAAGACCCUGAAACAAGAACAUACAAAGAUUGUAUGUUGAUGUGUCAUCAUGAAGUGCCAAAAGUAACAGAGGAUGAAGAACCACCCACAGAACAAGAUAAGAGGAAAAAGAUGCUGGCCCUGAAGGACCCUGUGCACACGGUGUCGCUGCAGCAGUUCAUCUAUGAGAAGCUCAAGGCCCAGCAGGAGAUCCUGGGGGAGCAAGGCUUCCAGUCCCUUAUGGAAACAGUGGACACAGAGAUUGUCACUCAGCUGCAGGAGUUUUUGCAAGGAUUCUAAGAGCACACGAGCCAUGUGGCCGCCAUCCCCUUCUGAAAUAAGCUGACUAGCCCAACCUGCCAUCUGUAUGUGAGAGCCUGCUGAGAUGAAGUCAUUUGUGUAGGAAUAUAAAGAAACCAAGACCAUAGAUUUUUACUAUAAAAUAUAAAGAGUAAGUGUAAAUCCCAAAUAUUAAAGUCAGAAAGCUAUUCCUCAAAAGAAUUUAAUUUUAUAUUUAUGAGGGGCCCUGUGUUUACUAGAGGUGCAUUUAUUGAUAGUAGCUGCAUUGCUUCCUGUUAGGAGAAGAAACUCGUUGAUUACCUUUUAAUCAUGAGCUCUUAACACUUGAGAAGAUGAAAGUGGAUGUUCUAGAUGUUUUUUCUGCAACCCAAAUUAGUUGAAUUUGGUUGCCUUAUCCUGUUUUUUUUUUUUUUUAAGCUAAUGAAACAAGUUUGAAAACUGAGAAUGCUGUGCAAAUGAGACAGUUAAAUUUGUGCACCAGGGAGUCAAGAUGCCCACUACCCAGAGUAUCUUACAAGGGAGCUGUUUUCAUCUGGGGGAGAAAUCAGAUGGUUUUACUUUCAUUCUCGUAAUCUGAUACACGAAUUGGUAAAGGCACUUGUAACUUUACUUUUAGUGCAUACAUGGAAGGCCCACUGAAGUGACCCUGUCGUACUAUAGUGCCAAGUGGGAGACCUCUGGUCAUGCUCUGGCCUGUUCCUUUGCCACAUGGGAAGGCCAGUAGCCCUGUAAGCACCAAGAACCAGACAAUCCCAAGUCCCCUUUCUGCUGUGACAGUCAUGUUUGACUGUGACAGGCUGCUCAGUAUUUAUCCAUCUCAGGUUCCUCAGUGCAGGGGUGUGUCAGCACCUCUGUGGCAUGGGUGCGCCUCAGAGGACCCAGCAGCAAUCCCCAGGGUACUAGCACUGACAUCAUAGUCUUCCUUCCUGUCCCUGUUACACUAAAUGUGUAAGGGAGAGAAUUGACGCCUUACUUUGCAUUACUUGCCAUUGUGAGGAAGCUUUAGAGCAUCUUUUAAGAAAUACUCAAGAGCAAGAUUGGAAAUGUUGUAUCUUUCUAUAGAGAUUUGGGUACAGUAUGUAACUGUGGGAGAACCACUACCCUUUGUAAGCUAUGGAACCCAUAAUGUCUACGGAUAUAUGAUGUUUUCAGCAAAGAAAGAAAAUAUGGUCCAAUUAAAUUUUCCAAAGAUACCUCA